CCCCCACACGGCGCUGUAUUUCCGGUUCCGCUGGGGCGGCAAAGAAAAAGGGAAGGAGCGGAGGGAAUGGCUGCCGCGUGUGCACUUGCGUACCGGCGCCUUGUCAGCCGGGCGGGAACGCGGGCAGGUGAGGUCGCCUUCCAUGCAGGUUCUUUCCAGCUCCUAUUCCGGGGCUGCAGUCUCCGUUGUAAGAAGGGGCGGGGGCUCUUCUUCCUGUUUGCAACCUCUUCCUAGUUCUUUCCCUGCCUUGCUUCUAAAGUGCCAUUUACCGCCUUCCCUAAAUUGCCGGAGUCCCUUUCUGUUGUUAAGUUUUCCCCAUGAGCUCAUCCAGUUGCUUCCGUUGAUAAUUUUUUAGAGAGAACCAGCCCUAACCUUCACCGUUCCUUACUAAAACAGUUCCGUUCUCAGUCCUCGCAUCUUUCUGACCUUACUGGGUGUCUGUAGGCGUUUUCCACCGUGUGCGUUCCAUUGUCUCUUAGUUGGGCUUGAGGGUUGUAUUAUUAUUAUGACUUCAUCAUUGCUCACAACGACUGUGUAGUUCCUGUUCUGUAAGGCAGAUACAAUAGGGUAUCUGGCUAUUAAGGAGCUAGGUAAGGUCAUUUAUCCAUCCUGUUAUAGUAGUAAUUCAAACAGUUAUUGGUUUUAUUUUUCUGUUUCACUCUAACCUGGAUGUUUUAAAACUUUCCACUCUCAGCUUAAUUGAAAAUGUAUUGUGUAUAAUUCUUACUGCAUAUUGAAGAAUAAGAGGCCUUGAGUGAUUAAACUAAAAAUCAUAGGAAAAAGUGUGUUUUUAUUUUUAAGAUACUUAAUAAUUUUCUUUAAAACCUGAGGAAUCAACCUUUGCAAACAAAAGUACCCUACUAACACAAACUACAGCAGAAGAAUAAAAAUAUUAAUAGUGAUGUUAUAAUUGAAGAUCUUUUGUGUUACUUCAAUUUUUUUUUAUUAGUGUUUGAGGGAACACCUAGUGAAUUGAAGUGUUAAGCAUGCUGACUGAUAGAAACAAAUGAUUCUAGGAUUUAUACAAUAUAAAAAUUGUAUAAUUUAUACAAUAUAUUUAUACAAUAUAAACAAUAUAAAGAAGGUUCUAGAAGACCAGCUGCAGGUGUUUCUAGAGUUCAAUGAUUAUCUGGAUCCAUUUCAGUGAGGGUUCAGGCCUGGUUUGUGCACUUGGUCACCUUUAUUAAGAGAGGAGCAGGUGGAAUACAACCCUGUUACUCCAGCUUGCCCUUCAAGUGGCUUUUGUUGCUGUUGACUAUGGACCAAUUACUCAGGGUGGUUAUUAGAGACACUGUAUUACAGUGGUUCAUUCCUACUACUUGUGCUACGGAGUUCUGUAGGGUGUUAUUUUAAGAACCAUCAUUGGGCAUUUUGGAGCAUGAUGCCAGCAAUAUGCCCAAGUGACUUUUGUGGCUAGGAGUGCCUUUUACCAGCUUCAUCUGGUAUGCCAGUUAUAGAUUUCCCAUAUUGUUGUCCUUUCCUCAGUCACCCCAGAAGUAAUGCAAUAAUUAAUUACAAGCAUUUUUAUACUGCCAUUCAAUCAUAUUGCCAGGAUAGAUUGCAAGAAUGAAAUAAUAAAAAUUUCAAUCCAAAUGAAACCUAAUAAACUAAAAGGUCACAAGAUCAUAAAAGCAGCAUAAAACAGUCCUCAAGUUAAACCAUUGUGCCCAGCUUAUUUCUCUUUUUUCUGUAAAUAAUUUUUAUUAACCGACCAAAUCAAAUCACAUCACAUAAAUUACAAAUUACAAAGCCGAAUUUUAAAUUUUUGUGGGGGGUACCCAUAUUUCAAGUUCCAGCUUAUUUGCCCAGCUUAUUUCUCAGGUCAUAAUGAUUAGGUGAAAGUCACUGUUCUAGAAAAUACCACUGGUUUAAGCUGGUUCUGUUAUCUCUGUCAAGGUCAUAAUAGUGAGGCCAGAAGUAGCCUGGGUUUCAUUCUCUCUAAUUCUGUCUCUUUUUACAACUGAUGUGGUGUUCUGUAUAUAGAGUUAAGGUUUAGUCUUUUGAUAAAAUAUUGUCAGUUUAAGUUAAGUUUGCUGCAACUGGAUUUCUUACGGACAGUGCCAAUCCUGAAUGUAUUGGAUUUGUGACCAUUCUGCUCAUUUGCCUUCAGUAGCAGUAAAGCUCUGCUGGAUGAAAUGCCUCCGGUCUAUUUUUUAGGAAUCCUGCAACUAUACAAUGGAAUCUACUCUGGAUCAGUAUUGAGUACAAUUUCAAUGACAUCUGUUCAGCUUCCCUGUUCUCCUGCAUCUGCUGGUGGAAUCCCACUCCAAAUCCAUGUCUGCCGGUUUGCACUAUCAUAUGCAUCUCCAUAAUGUUACUUAAUACCUCAUACAGGAGGAGACCUAGCAUGGCAGGCAUGUGGGAGAAAGAAUGAAGAGGCCCAUGUCCACUUGAGAGCCCACCAUUGCUGAUUCCAGCCUCUCUUCUUAGUUCCACCCCCUCCCCUUUUUGUAGCCUGCCACAAUAGGCUGCUCCUGCUGCUCAUUGUGACACUGGACACAACUCCCCCCCAGCCCCCUGUUUAGUUUGCAAAGCAGACAGCCAAGUGGUGUACGUAGACCCAGAUGACCCCUCAAAUUCUGGUGUUGGCCCAAGCUCUGUAAAGGAGCAAAAUAUUCCAGCAUGCUGUUGAGCAAGGCUUAAAUCUAAGCAGAUGUAGCAGGGGGCAUCACACACAUAUUGCAUUUAAAACAUGCAUGCUUAUGAACUCAGAAAGUUAGAGGAGGAUGGUAAAAUUAAAAUUUGAACCAGCCCAGCAUUUUCCACAUAAUAAUUUGUGAACCCUCUCUAUGCCUCUAAACUACAAUUCUCAUGCACCAGAGUCUGAAUAACCAAGGAAACUUAUAGCCUGGAAGGUCUACUGGAAUCAGAGUAAGUUAUAGAGUAAGAAAGAUUAGGAUUGUGCUUUUAAGUCUGUAUCUGUUCACCUAAUUCUUAACGUGGUUCCAAGCGUAAGAUCAGCAAGAGCUUCUUGGAUUCUCCUGUGUGCUCAAAGUGUAGUGACAAAAUUAUAGGAAUUUUUGUGCUACUACAAAAAACCAAGAACCCACUGGCUAUGAAAUUUAUUGCGUGUAUAAAAGUUUGGUAAGUAUGCCAUCAAAUAAGCAGCCAGAAUUCCAUAAAUAAGGUCACCACUGGUAACCAGAGAUUUAAUUCUGGCAAAUAGUAGGGAAAUCCUGCUGUAUAUUGCACUGCAGGAAUGAUGUAUCUUUUGAAAGCUGCUGCUAACACAGGGAAGUGGAGAGUAACUUCUUCAAAAUGCUGCAAUGAACCAUUAAUGUCAUGGGUUUAAACAGAGGGGCUGCUCUGUGCACAUAUGCAUUCAGACACACACAGCUGCUUUUCCCCUAUGGAAAAAAAUCUCCUUCACAGAGUAGCAGGUUCAAAAGGGAUCCUCUCAAAUGCAGUGAAAGCACUGAACCUCAGUGAUUAAUUAGGAGCAGUGGUGGGAUCUGGAAACCUGUGAAAGCUGAUUUCUUCCAGUUGCAUCCCCACCUCCACAUUGGACCCUCUAGGGCAGCGUGCAGUGCAAUCAACCCCCAGGAGCAGCUUGUCAGAGAGUAAAAGGGGCUGCAGUAGGAAUGAGGAGCCAUUAUAGUAUGAGUGCAACCAUUUGUGUGUUUCACAAUCCGAACCACUGGUUGGCUGCCAAGCAGAUUGAAAAUUUCUGGAGCCUUAUCCCCAGGUGACAGGAUUUUAGAUCAUUAAGAAGGAAAGGACUCUGGUAAUAACUGCAAAUUUGGGUUUUUCUGCUUGUAAUCAAAUGUAAAAUGUGCUGAUUAGGCUAUGGAUACUUCAUGGACUCUUAAAGCCUAAUCCUGUGCAGAGUUAGAAGUGCCCAACUCCUUUUGACUUCAGUGAUAUUAGACAUGCCAAGUCUUCACUGGGUUGAGCCCCCAAGACUAGAACCAGAAGGAAAAGGGGUCUCCAAGGUUUCACUCAAGCAGCUGCUUAAAGGAACUGCUGAAAGUAACUUCCCUCAUUAAAUAGUCCACAUUUUCAUGUUCAACCCCUGUAAAUAAUUACUUAGCGCAGGUUGUUUUUUCCUUGCAAGGAAAGUAAGUCGAGUGCUAUGACUGCAAAAUGUGAUUAAACUAAUAAGCUGUUAAGAAUAGCUGCUUCCAAGAAUGGAUUUUGACUAAUCUUGCCAUUAAUUUGGUCAGGUUAAUGGUCAUCAUUUUUACUCUGCUCUCAUUAUUUCUGAGGCUUGCUGUCUGCAGUAGAAGGAGUUAUGUUUAAACUAUUUUUAAUUUGAUAUUUUCCAGCUCACUUAAUCUAGAAAAGCUAGCAUUGGAGUGCUGGAGCCAAACUCACGAGGUGGUAGCCUCAUAUGCCUUCAGGCCAAGCCUCAGGAUAUUGCCUCAUGAAGGCACAUGAGGCUGCUACUUUCCUAAAGCUGAUCAGGCCUGUGUCUGGUCAGGGCUUGAAUGGGAGACCAGCUGGGAACAACCUGUACACCACCUUGGCUUCCAUUUUGGAAGAAAGGUGAGAUAUAAGUGUAAUCAGACAAAUAAAUCUCUGCAAGAUUUCCUUGAGCCCACUUCUGUUUCACCAGGUCUUUAAUACUGAAGGACUACAGGGACCUUUUGAGGCUGAAUCUUGGUGCCUAUUAAUAUUUUUGCUGUUAAGAAAAAAAUACUCCAUUAAAGAUCUUAAAGAAAGGGAACAUUCGCAUCCCAACUUUCUUUGACACAACAGCCAUUCCCACUAUUUAUGGAAAUGGCACAGCUUCAUUGCUUAUUAAAAGCAGGUUCAGGUGUGAAUCUAGUGCGAUUCCUUUGUUUCUAAUUCCGUCUUUCUCUUUCAGCCUCUCUGCUAUGGUCUGCAGCUCGGAAUCAAAGUUCACAAAACACCUCAUCACAGCAAAGGUAAGAUCUGUUUGUGGCAGAACAUGCGUCAUCUUUCACCUCUAGGAUCCUGAUCUUCCUCUGUUAUAAUUAUUUUUAUAGCAUUUUUACUCUGCUCUUCAUCUGAAAAGGCCCCUCAAGCUGCUUACAGAUAUUAAUAAGGCAAUCCCUGCUCUCAGGCUUACAGUGUAAAAGAUCAUAGAAUUGUAGAGUUGGAAGGAACCCCAAAGGUCCUCUAGUCCAACCUCCUGCAAUGCAGGAAUCUCAACUAGAUCAUAUGUAUCCGAUGGCCAUCCAACCUCUGCUUAAAAACCUCCAAGGAAGGAGAGUCCACAACCUCCCUAGGGAGACAGUUCCUCUGUCAGACAGCUCUUAUAACACGAAAGGAAAAGGGAUAAUGAGGGGAAGAGGGAGGGAAAGCAAACACUGGCAUUAGAUCUUAGUUACAGAGUUAUUGUAAUGAUCAGCUGGAAUGGAAAUAGUUCAAGGAGAAGGCAAGGCAAGCAUUGUUCUCUCAGCUGAAUGCAUAGAGUGGCUCUCUUUCUCUUCUCUCCCUCUGCUGUGGCAUGAUGGAAUGUUGCUGCAAGAUGGGGGAAUGUUGAGGCGAAAGGGAUGGCCUGAUGGAGCUGGCUACUCUGAAGAAUUGAUAGUUGGAGAUUUCAGCAGAGACUCACCCCCCCCCCCAUCUAUCCUUCUGCUUUAAAAACAGAGUUACCAUGUUAGACCUAGGACCUACUAGAAAAACACUGCACCAUAAGGGUGCAGUUUCAGGAAUCUCAUGUGCAUGCAUGUUAGUGCCACACUGGAACUUUAGGAAUAAGUUCCCCCAAACCUCCUUUUGGGGGAGAGAGCUACACAAAACAAGAUAAGUGUUAAAGGAGAACUGUGACGCAUGCGGAAACUCCAUGCUGGUAUGCCUCUUCUUGGGUGGCAUAGGCCAUGCUGUUCCUUGGCCUGUCAUGAGGACAAUCAAAAAAACAAAACACUGGAUUCACCACCAGCACUGCAUAGUUUGCAAGAUUUGUAUGUGCAUUUUCAAGGCUUGGGUGUACACACUGAAUGUGUCAUACCUGAAAAACACCUCUUGCGAGAGCAGCCCUAGGAAGUGCGCUCUAGUAGACGCAACACAAAGGAAUUUCAUUUAAUAUUUCCCAUCAUCCUCAGCUUGGCUCUGUGCCCUGGUUCUUCUUGAGCAAGAGGCCUUCAUCAGUUUUCCAUGAAUUCUUCCCUUCUCCUUAUCAAACUCUUGUAUAAAGAGAACUGUCAAGGUAGGGAAAGAUACUCCACCUCGUAAUAAUCCUAAUUGUUUUAGCUAACCUCUUGGCUGAAAGAUAGAAAAUUAAUAUUGGUGUCCUUGUUUCUUAGCCUAAUCAUGUUUCUUCCUACUUUAAUGCAGUUCUAAAGAGUAACAGGAAAUACACCCUAACUCCUCGAGAUUUUGAACUUGCUCGCAGCUUCGGAGUACCUGGUAUAAAAGAGACAACUCCAAAAAAAGUUACAGUGCUCCAAAGCAUCACCAGUUGCAUAAAGCUGCUUUAGAGAGAGCAUUCAUGAUCAUCAUUAUCACAUUACAAAAUUGGUUGGCAGCUAAGCGGUGAACAGCACACGGAGAUAAGGGGGAAAGCAAGUACCCUGCAGCCUGUGCCUCUCCCAUCCCUGUGCAUCAUGAGUUCAACUAGUACAGAAUGUAAUGCAACCAAGGACAGGAAAAGCAAGAGGGGCAGUCGCAACACCUCAGCAAGACCUCGUAAUGCUCUGGACAAGAUGAUGGGGGGAACUGCUUCUGAACCCUGUAUCCCCUCCUCUUCCUCCUCUUCCUCCUCUUUGCCUUCUACUUCCUCCCUGGCCUUACCUUUACAAACUGCCCUUGCUGGCUCCCCUCCUAAUGCAGGCCCGAGUUUUAUGGAACAAACUACUCCUUUAAGUGAUAGCAAAGGAACUGAGCAUCAGGACAUUCAGAGAAAGUACUGUGGAGGCAAGACUCACUCUAUGCAAACUCGUAAUCAAAGGAAAAUAGCUGCUGCAGCUGCACAAGUAGAGCCACUCAGACUUGAUGAUAGAAGUGUUGAUGAGGAAGUAGUUGACCUCACUUGCGAAACUUCAGAACCUAUAGUUGUUGAUCUUACACAUAACGAUUCUGUUGUGGUUGUUGGAGAGAGUGGACAGCAGCCCAAUAGAGAGUUCAGACGUCAACCAUUGUCUGACAGUCUUAUAUUAAGUAGUGAUGAUGAUGAUGAUGAUGAUAGUGGGCACACAGAGAGUGAUGCUCUUGCCACUAGAGAGCUGCCCAGAGAAGUGGGAAGGAAUGAAUUUGCAAGUUCAAGAUCCUCAGGCACUGUGUGUUGUCCAAUUUGCAUAGAGAGCUAUGCAGAGAUUGUGCAAAGCGGACGGCUUAUAGUGUCAACAAAAUGUGGCCACAUCUUCUGUAGUCUGUGCCUCAGCAAUGCUCUUGGGCAUUCAAACUUUUGCCCAACUUGUAGAAGGGAACUCACUCAAAAGGAGUAUCAUCCAAUUUAUAUAUGAAGACCUGGGUGUUUCUGAACACAGUCUAAUGCAGCCUUCAUAAACAUGAGUGAACUCCAAAGAACACACAAAGUAUAUAUGACUUAUAUAUGACAGUUAGCAAUUUCACUUUUUUGCAGUUGACCUCCUUAUGGUCCAGUUGUACUGUUUAAGCUUCAUUUUGCUUUAAGGUUUUUGCAGCUCACAUUUUUUGAGGUCUGUAGAAGUUUGAAGAACAGCUUGAAGGAUAUGUCUGCUGUUGCCACGUUGCUUCGUGCAGAUAUCUCAUUUCAGUUCUUCUAGUUCUGUUGCUGCUUUGAGAAAAGAUUGUUAUCUAGUGAACUCAUUUAUUCAAGACUAGGCCAUUCAUAGUCAUCUAUGAUAAUACAACCUGCAGCUUCUUUUUGCAAUUUGCCUUGUAAAAAACUAAAGCCAGUCUGUUCCAUAUCUACUUGUUUUCUAGUGGUAAACAUCUCUUUCUGUUGAUGUCGCCCCAAUAAAGUUCCAUGAUCUCAUAAACAGAUCAAGAUUUAUAAAACACUGUGGCUCAUUUCUAACACCGCAUGCAUAAAUGAUUUAUUACAAAUAACUUUUGGUGGUCCGAGUCUUCUCUUUAAUAGAAUACAGCCGUAAUGUGAGAUCUGAACAGCUUUUCCUGUCCAGGUUUAUGGAGGAAUUCAUAAUGGAGUCCGUACCAAUGUUGCCACUUGGGGCAGAAUCAAAUCGAUAUGAGCUAAACCAUUUAUGUGAAACACUCCUCAAAUGGUUGGAAGAGGAUAAAGUAAUGAUCUGCUUCUCAUAAAUGGUUUGCUGUGGGAAAUCUACAUCCAUAGGGACAUGUUUCAAGCAGCAAGCAUGUAAGACUUGAAUCGCACAUGAUAAAAUUAACUUGAGUUGCGGUAACUCACUUUCUUAGCCCUGUUAUGUAUUCAUAGUAGAACUAUGAAUGUCUUGACAUGUUGAACUUUUAGUUGCUGCUGUACUAAUAGGUCAAAUUGCUUUAAAAUGUUUUAUGUUGCUAACGCUUAAAUUAAAGGCUUUCUCUUCAAUGUAUGCCACCCAAUCUUCAGUUGGUAGAAAACAUGGGAUGUCCAGCAUCUCAUCAGGCCUUAAUCUGCAAGGUAUAUGGGCUGCUGUGAGUCUCAUAAUAUUUUUUUCCAUGUUUCUUCUUUAUUAGAUUUUAAAGGAGUCUCAUAACAUAAUGAAACUUCACCCAUUACAUCUUGGAGAGCCAGUGUUAUGCUUCCAGUUCAGCAUUAGAUUGAACACCUUUUUAAAAGGGGAUGUUUCCUUAGUCUCCCUGCAGCCUACUGUAGGGGCCUAGCUGCACCCACCCCAUAUUAGACUUGCACAUAGCCUGUCAAUCAUGUGGAAUUGUUAGGACUUCCACAGAUGGAAUUGUCUCCCUGAACGUGGGCUAUGGGGAUCAAAUACUCUCUGCAAAUGCAUCUGAUGUUACCAAAACCUAGAUGCAGCCACCAGCUUUUGAAUGGAGGUUAAGUAGAGUGCUAAGUGGACUGUCACUUGCAUUCAUCCCUACCAUCACAGCUUCUGUUCUGUUUGCACGGGCACUCUUAUUAAAGAACAAAUUACACUUUGCCCAGGGACAGACCUUGGUAAUCUGGUGCCUUGGGGGGGGGUCAAAAAUUUGACACACACCCUUCCCUCGUGGUGCCUUCUGAAAGCCAGGUAAGGGACGCAUCAGGCUUUGGGAAGGAUGCACAAAGCUCUGGCAGGCUCCUAGAGCUCUCCCAUCUCAUUUCCAAAGCUGGGAAAGUGCUAACUAGGCUUUGGGAAGGAGGCAGGGAGACUCCCUUUUGGCCCCCACAUCUUGUGCAGGGGAACUGGUUCACUGCCCUAAAUCCAACUCUGCCUCACCAAUAAGGCAUUUUACCCAUUGGAGAAAGUUGCAGAAUGUAUUUUUGAGGUCACUUAUUUGAGUCGUGAUGGGAAAAACUGAAUUCCUGUGCAGAAUCCUUAAUGUGCACCAAACUGGAGGGGUACGGCAAUCACUACUGUUGGCCGAUGCUGUAUGGAACCUAACACUUCACCAAUCUAGUCUUUGCAUAAAAGUUUUAGCAAAAUUAUGUGUUAGGGUGCCUCAACCCCUUACACAGUUUCCUGAAUCCUUGCAGUGAAAGGGUGUGGGGUUGGGGGGGGGGAGUGUUAUCUAGUGGCAGUUGAAAAACUGCACCCAAGUUAGCAAAAUGCAGUAACAAAAACUACAUCUCCAUAAUGGACUGUUCUUGAUGGUAGGCAGCAAUUGCCAUGUGACACCAUGACAAGGAUAGAAGAAUAUUUAGCAAGUGAGUCAGAACUUAAAACUAUCAUAUUCAGAUGGGUUAUUACAUGCUGGACAACUCCCCCACAGGACACUACACUAUUACUUUUGUGGCAUAUAAAUAAAGCCAUAGGCUAUGCUAAUAACGGAUGGAAUAAUUGACAGAAUUUUCUGCUAGGUUUUGUGACCUCUGCCAUUUCUCAAGGACAAGGUCAUAGACAUCUGAAUACAAUUUACCCGCAUUUAAAAAUAAAUGAGUUCUUAAAGGACUGUCAGUUUUUAUGUGUGGUUUUCAUUUGGUGAUAUAUAUAUAAUUAAUGUUUGUGAGGUGCCCCCCCCUUCGGUAUUCAUAAAAGAAUUUUAUUUUUGCAGCAAAAAAGUAAUCUGAGUACUCCAGUAGUCUUUUAAGGGCAUGGCAAUUAAAUUAUGCUACUCUAAUUUCUUUCAAAUACUAAUUCUUUAGCAUUCCUAAUAUUAAUUAACCCCCUCUUUUUAUUGUAUUGCUCAUUUUUCAUUUUUGCCCACUGGAGGUACCUUAGCAGAAGCAGCUCAAGACCCAUAAGCGGUUCAUGCGUAGGGAAAAAUAUUCUGUUUCCUGCUUAGGCUUAUUAUUAGCAGGUGAAAUCUUUAGACCAGAUUUCUUAACUGGCAUUGUUCUCUGCCAUCUUUAGCAAAAUGUGUUCUUGGGUUCUUGCUCCUCAUGAGUUCUGAAACUUUUGAUCUACAGAACCAAACAAUACAGUUCCAAAGUUUUGAAGGUAGUACUUAUUUAUAUGGAGUUGCUGAUUUUCAGAGUUUGUGUGAACCUGCAGGAAUUCACGCCAUCUGACAGAAUACUGAUGGAUAGAAAAGGGAAUGCAUAUUUGAGUUGUCAUUCGUCAGUUUUAUGCCAGCAGCCUAGGGUCUCUUGCCAGGCAUUGCAUCUCCAGAAAAUGUGUGCUGUCAAAAGCUGUCACUAUACUAGAAUUUUUAGGUAAGCUAAAGUGCAGCUAGUUUCUGGGAAAGCCAAUUCAGCUUGGAAACUGACUGCCAGUUGCCUAGGUAGUUUGAGCAGUUGUUAUUUAUUUGACACCUGCCCUUCAACAUGAGGUUCCAGGGUGUGGGUUACAAUAAUUUAAAAUACAAUAUUAAACACCAUUAAAACACAUCAUGAUCAAAAGAAUAUGGAAGAUGCUAUGAAAUUUCCUUAUUAAGAGUGAGCACCCUUGGGGAAAUUUAUUGUACUGACAUAGGGACGCAGCAUUCUUUCUGAAUGUGUGUGACGACUCUUCACAGGAGUACAGCUUACAGUGUUAAGGGGGAAGCCAUAUAGAGAAAGGAGGAGGUAUAUGCAAAUAUGUGACAGGUGUCUAACCUCUAGAUUUCACUGCAUGAACUGUAUAAUGUCUUAGGUAAGUCAAGAGAUGGCUUAAUCCUGUCUUCCAAAAACCAGUACAUGACUGCCUGCAGAGCCUUCCUCAGCCAGCUCCAUAGAUGGGUUUACAGUCAGUGGCUGUUCAAGAUAAUGCUGGCCUCCCUUUUUACUUGCUCCUAGCUCCUAGCUCCUAGCCAGGUAACCAGUUAAUAUUCUAUUAUUCACACAAAAAUCUUUAGCAUCACAGGGCAGGUGUAUCUGGUACUGAACACUUCUUGCCUUAACAGAUUAAAAAACAACACAACAGCUCUUUGUAUUCAAUGUUCCCUGUUUCAUUACUCUACUCUAAAUUCCCUUGCUUAGUUAAUCUAGUUCACUUUUCUGCAUAAACAAAAAAACACUUUGCAUCUUAAACAAAAAUCCCAUCAGGAUCCCAAUAGUAACCAGUUUUGAAAGGGGUGACCCAAACCCAGUGAAUCUAUUUUUGCUGGUGCUAGAAAGCAUUACUGAACUCCAUUAAUCAUGGUGAGUGCAAGGGUGUGCAUAAAUUAUGUUGUAAUCCAUGCAUUCACAAAUCACCAUUGACUUUCUGACUUAUGGUUAUAAGAUGCAUGUGGCCAUUGCUUCAUUUCUCCCACUUGGCUCCACUCCUGGCACAAGUAGGUUAAACCAAACCUGGAAGCUUUGUUUUCCCCAUUACAUCUGAACUAGGGCUCAUGCUUUGUUGCUCCCUAAAAAGCCACAGCCAGCAGGCCAACCAUAAGCAGUGAUUUAAGAUUGGCAGGCAAUUGUUGCUUAUUAGAAAGUAUAAGGCCACAGUCCCUGGUUCAGACAUGGUGUGGUGCCAAGGUCGUCUGCUUUGUUUCUCCUGCUUGCUCCAAUAGAGAACAGAAUGAGGAGCAAUUGGGCAGCAUGUACUACAUAAUACAUUACGAAAUUACCCAUAAUGACCACUGUAUGGUUACAGUGCCUAGGAAGCUGCUUUGUAUGCAAUCAAUCACAGUCUUAACUUAGACUAAUCAGCAUAAUAACAAAUCACCAUUUAGUAGGGAAUGCAUGUUUUAAUGCUCCCUAAUGGCAAAUUCCUUGCUUGUAGAAAUACUUUUUAAAAGGGAGGUACCAGGGUGUAGCCUGAGAUAAUCCUAUCUGAAUGGCAUGUACUAUGGUCCUACCCCGUUAAUUCUUCUGGUUCUACUUCUCCCAACAAUCUUGUUUCCUUCAUAAUCAGAAAUUUUAUUUAUCCCUCUCUUUCAUCAUAAAUAGAUUUUAGGUGAGGUGAGGCCUUUCCAAAUUGAGGUGGGGUUAUAGCAGGUAUGGGGAACUGUUGGCCCUCCAGAUGUUGCUGAACAACAAGUCCCAUCAGCCCCUGCAAUCAUGGCCAGUAGCAAGGAAUGAUGGGGGUUGUAGUUCAGUAACACCUGAGUGGAAGGGGCAAAGCUUCCCCAGACCUGCUCUAUAGCACAUGUUCUUGUUCCAAGUAGUGAUAGCUGGUCCCCAUUGGGGCUGGACACAGAGACCAACCGUAGGUGGAGCCAGAGCCAACUAAUUCUAGUGUUGUCCCCAUCCUCCUCUCUGCUGAGUUUUUCAAGGGCACAACUGAGACUAAGGAGAAGGAAGCUGACAGGCAGUGCUACCCUCUGGACUUUUUGUAAGUAAGAAAGCAGGUAGGGUGAGGGCUGGCUGUGAGUAGAACCAAGUAAGUGAGGCAGCUCCCCAGUUGUCCUAAUAGACCAACCUCUGCUGGUUCCAAGUUUCCAGUGGAAUUGUAGCACUUAUGCAUUGAUUUCUGAUAAUUUGCAAAAUAACUGGCUUACACCUGCAUGUUUCCAAAUUCCAAUUCCAUGGACACAUGCCUCAGGUAAGAAGAUCUCCCUGCUGGGUAAGAGCAAAGGCCUACCUAGCCCAGCAUGCUUUUCUCACAGGGGUCAAUUGAAGCAAAGCCUAUGGGAAGUCCACAAGCAAGACAUGAGUUCAUUAGCACUCUCCUGUUUCAUGAUCCUCAUUCACUUGUUCUGCACAGCCAACAUUUUGCCAUCAGGGCCGUUUGCACCACCAGUUUUUUUGAAAAGGAAAAUGCCUCUGGUUUCACACCAACACAAGCUUUGGAUCUCCAUACCUCAGGUCUCACUUCGUCAUUGCUUCUUAUACCCAACUUCCCCAUCACGUACUGAAUCUUUUUGGCUGAACUCCUCUUACUGAUUCCUGACUUUUGGGAGCAGCCGCGAAAUUGGCUGGAUGGACAUAAAACUGAGGUCUAUUUCAUAUAAAGAUUCCGUAACAAGACAGAACCUAUCUCUAGUUGUGGUUCUCACUGUUAAAAGAUAUGAGGGAAAUAGUUUUGGAAAACAAGAUGACAAGGACUCUUGGGCUAAGUUUGUUUUUGUUUUCUCUGUACGGUAUUGUUUCCAAGAGAAAGCCAUUUUCUUUCUUAUUUAGGGACGAUAUUUGAAAUACCCUUAUAGGCUCAAGUGCUUGGCUAUUACAUUCAUAAAAGUAUAUUCUUAUUUCACAGACUCCUUCCAAAAACAUCCUUAACUUCUCCCCCAUAUCCUGAAAUCAAACUCCCUGAUCCUCUAGAAGAGACAGAACACCACAGAGGUAAAUACACCUAGCUGUUCAAAGGCAAAGGGUAUGGCUGUACCUAUUUGCUGUAUUUGUUUUGUUUUGAUUUCUCGUUGUCUUCAUUUUUUUCUGUUUUGCAUCUUUACAGUUUGCAUGCCUAAAGAGCAUUGGCUUUAAGAAAAAUUGAAGCCAAGCAAUGCAGUGUAAGGGACUGGCAAGGGUCCGAGGAGUGUGUGGCGGAGGCCAUGGGGCCAGAGUCAGAUCCAGUGGAAGAGGGCAGUGAUUUAUGAGAGUUGGUGCCUCCUGCAAGGCAGGAGCUGGAAGAAUGGGGAGAGUCCAAGCAGUCACAGAUAGGGAGGAGGUGCAGGAUGUGGGGAAAGAGCCAGGGCUGGAGGAAGAGCAGAAUCCCCUCUGUCUUCCUCUCCAUUGUCCUCCAGCACCAGGAGGGGCUUGAAGAGGUAGGCAAAGCAACAACUUCCAUGUAGGAGAAGCCACAGGUUGCUUGCAUGCAUCCCAUCAGGCGAGGGUACUUAAGUUUGGGUGAAGGCAUGGUCACACUGUUGCUCCAACAGUCCUGCUCUGAGCACAAGUCUGGGGAGGGAUGCCAGCUACUUAGUCGCCAGAAGCGUGUGUGCAUGCUUUGCGCACCUUAGGAGCUACUGGAAGUGUGUGUUUUGUCAAGAAAGAAUUAAACUCCCAGCCACCUGUCCUCUUCGGGCUGGGUUGUGCUCAGGACAUGCAGUAAGAGAUAAAAGAGCAUGGGGACUGCCUUACACAAAGUAAGACCAUUGGUCCAUCUAGCUCAGUUUUGUCUACAGCAGGGUUUCCCCAACUUGGGUCACCACCUGUUUGCACUCCAAUGUCCAUCAUCCCUGACCACUGGUCCUGCUAGCUAGGGAUGAUGGGAGUUGUAGUAAGCAAUUGGGGCAGAAGGAAUGGAAGUAUAGAGAAUAUGACGAUGAAGUUCAUAACAUGUGGGUGGCAAUGGCUAUUAUAAGGCAUGAUUAUUGAUGAAAUGGACAACAAAAUAAAUGUUCGGCCCUGGAACUGCUCAUUGCAGACCAGAGUAGCCACUGAGUAUACAAAAGGUUUAACUUCAGUGAAUCUUCAGAACCACUCACUGCAAAUUAGGCCUUAGAACUAGUUUUUGUAGUUGUUGAACAAUGAGGACUGUGACGUGGAUUAUUAUGUUAUUGUGAAAGAACUAUUUGCUUUAUCGACAGUUGGUAUCACACACACAUACACACACAAAACUCCCACCUCAUUUAUUCACUAACUUACCAUUUUUAUCCAGAGAUUUUUCAAAAAGUAAAUGAACUAAUUGCCACGGGACAAUAUGGAAGACUAUUUGCAGUUGUUCACUUUGCCAGCAGACAGUGGAAAGUAACCAGCGAAGACUUGAUUUUACUUAAUAAUGAUAUACCAGCUGAAUGUGGAGACAGAAUCCGAAUGGAAAAGGUAAGCUUUAUAUUAGCAAUUGCUUUAUCCUCCUGUAUCAGACAUAUUUCAUUGGUGUCCUCAUUUUUUGAAGUGAUUGCAUUCCCUCUGUUAUUAGAUGGGUGUCAAAUAGGAUGUUAAAUAUCGUAUCAUUAAGAAUGUUUGGGCUGAUUCAGACAAGCAAUGCUAAUUUUCUCCAUCUUUUGCCUGUAAACUUGGGCAUGGAGAAAAUUUAGUGGGAGCCAGCUGCUUAUAUGGGGACAAGGGCAGUAAUGCCCCUGACUGUAGUAGCUUGAAAAAACGACAGCUGUGAUCCCAGAAAUGGCUGCACCUGUCCCCAUGUAAGCAAAUGAUUAACAAUAACAUUUCUCCAUGCACACACAACACUAGUUUGUAUGCUCAGCCCAUGCUCUGUCUUCACAACGAUGAAUUGUCUAGAAAUAUUAAAGUGGUUAAUAUUUUGGGUGAACACCCUUGUCUUGUUAGUGCUUUGAUUCUUACUUUCAUUUAUUCUUGUACAAGCUGGUUGACCUUCAUAGGCUUCUUUAACCUGUUGCUAUGGAGGGAGGGAUGUUGUUUUUAACUAAUUAGUGCUUCGCAGGCAUUGGCAUCUUGGAAAUUAUAUGGAAAGCCAAAUUUCAGAUUCAGGGUUUCCGAUCCCCAGAAUUAAAUUUACGAUGGUACUAGAAAAUCACACACACACCAUUUGUAUUUUGGGAAUUAGUAUCAUCUUGCUCUUCUCUUUCCAUAUUAGCACUUUACAAGCAUUAAUGCUACGUAGUAAACUUUAUGAGUCUCUCUUAUGCUCACUGAAAAGAGAUGCUGGAAUUCUUAUUACUAGGAAAUGACCUAGUAUAGAAUAGAAUUCUAGCCACAGGUAUCAGCUGAUCUUUGAUUUUACUUUCAUUAUUUUUUUGGAGGAGGGGAAAACUAAAUAUACCGUGAACUUUCAUGCAGACUAGAGGGGUUCAUUUGCCUAAUUCAAACCAAACCAGUCCAAUGUCAUUCUCUUAGAUACUGUUCAUAAGCAUGCUACCCAUGAGCAUGUUUUGAGACUGCUAACACUGGCCUGCUUUGUUGCUGUCCAGAUAUGGCACACUUACAUGUUGACAAAUGGGAUAUAAUUUGGAAUACGAUAGUUGGAUUAAGCUCUGGAAUAAAGAUAUGAAGUUCACUGCUUGUGUUGCCUGAAGAGAAAACAUGGAAAAAAUGAUGUACAGAUGGUACAUCACCCCUGUAAAAUUAGGAAAAAUCUAUAAGAAUGGGGAUAAAAUGUGCUGGAGGUGUAAAAACAAGGAAGGUAGUUUUUACCACAUGUGGUGGACUUGUGAAAAAAUCAAGAACUUCUGGGAGCUCAUUUAUAAUGAACUAAAAAAAUGUUUAAAUAUACUUUUGUUAAAAACCUGAAAACUUUCUUCUGGGAAUGAUUGGCAAUGAAAUUAAGAAAGAGGACCAGACCUUAUUCCAGUACGCAACAACAGCUGCUAGAAUUUUAAUCGCCCAAAAUUGGAAAUCAAUCAAUAUCCCAACGGUAAGAGAUUGGCAAAGUAAAUUAUUUGAAUAUUCAGAAUUGGCAAAAUUAACACAAAAAAAUUAGAGACCAGAAAGAAACAAAGUUUAUUAAAGAAUGGAAUAAAUUCAUAACCUAUAUUGAAGUAGAUUUAAAAAAAUCCAAAGAUCACAGUAGGCUUAAUAUAACCCUUCGACAUACAAAAGUUUUAAAGAAAAACUGCGGGGAAAAAUGUAUUACAUAACCCAAAACUGAGAUGGAGGGAAGUCAAUAAUUUACAUGUUUGUCUUUGUUUUGUUUCGUUUUUUUUCUUCUUAUAAUUAAGUUUUGUUGUUCUUAUUAUUGUUUUUUUUUCCGUGAAGAAUUUAUUUUCUGUACAUAUGUGUGUAUAUGUGUGUAUGAAAAUUAAUAAAGAGAAAUUAAAAAAAAAAAAAACACAUGUUGACAAAUGCACCUGCUCUGAUUUGUAAGCAAGACUGGCAUUCACAUGGAAAUUAUGGGGGGUGGGGGUGGAGUAUCCUUCAGUAUCUAACCUAAUCCACUUUUAACACUAACACAGCCUGUUUAAUCAAAAUACCCCAAGUUGUCAUGAAAUGAAGUUGUGUUUAGUUCAUCAGCAUGUAUAUUCUAGUCAGGUGCCCUGUUAUGGAAUAAUUUAGCAAAAGAAAAAUACUUCCCACAAACCCAGUUCUCUGGUUUCAUUUCAGAGAGGCCUCCCUGGGGAUUGUGCUCCUUUCAACCACAUGCCACAUCCAUAUGUGAAACGGAUCAGGUGUUUGCAGAAAGCUGACAGCUGGGAGUGCUAAAAUUUAGAUCGGGGUGAAAAAGUCAGGCUUUCAUGUUUAAGCCUCUAGUAACUCCUGACCACAAUCCUGUCAGGAUAUAGCACCGAACUAGAACUUGAGAAGUUCCCAAUUAUCAGCUGUGUACAGCAUCACAGUGCUUCACUGGCUUGUUAGAGUUGUGGGCAAAUGUUUUUAAAAGGCAGUUAAACACACGAUAUUGAAGUUCCCUGCAUUGGGGUGCAGCUACCUGCUUUCUUGAGGUUACCAGCUCCGGACCCCAAUAGCUGUUGCAGAUCUGUGAGUUUUCAGUGGUGGAGCAACCACUGGAAAACUUUACCCUCUCCUUUUGCAAUGUGUGGCUCUUCCUACAGCAGCUAAAGAAAUCACUUCAUGUGCGAAAACAGCUAUUCUGUUACUUUUCCCUCCUGUCUCACCAUUUCACAAAAGCUAAUGAUGUUGUCUUUUGCUCGAAGUGAAGAGGGAUCUUAGUGUAUACCCUAGGUUGGGGCCAAAAACACAGUUCUCACCAAAGACAGUAUUUAUUUAUUGGUUAGGCUAGGGCCUGCUUCUCCCCUGUGUUACCCUUCCUUAGUCAGCUAUAAGCUGACUAAGAAAACUUCAUUACAAAUGUAAAGCUCCUUUCCCCCCAAGUACGUUGACAACAUUCUGAUGGUGUUAUGACAGUCGUGUGGUGACAGAUGUGAAUUAUUUAAUCUUGUCCAGGUAUUGCUGGUUGGUGCAGAUGACUUCACCCUGCUGGGAAAGCCACUGCUGGGGUAAGGCAUACUUUAGAAUAAUUCUCUCUUGAGGUCAGCUGCCACCUUUAUUAAAAUGUUUUCAGAAGCUGCAAUUAGGGCAAUAAUAACAACAGAACCCACAAUAAAAACCCCUAAACAAUACCCCAACCAAGAGUUCAGCUGCUUCAGCUUUUGUAGUUGGAGUCAGUCAGGGCUCCGCCCUCCCAGGCUGGGUGGAAAAGGCCUGCAAGGCAAGGAGCAGGUCUUCCAGGACUCACAGCCAAGAUGGUCUUGUAAUGGUGGGGGAGGCAAUUGUUAAAUGUUUGGGGCCACUGUGACACAUGGUAUUCUCCCCACCCUGAUUUUGGGUUCUUUUGCAUGUGACAAAAGCAACCGUAAACAGCUCCAAACAUAAUUAUGCCUGGGACCCAUUCUGUGAUGUGAAAAAAACUAGAGAUGUAGCCCAAAAUGGACCCAUAGCCUUCAUGUCUGCUUUUUUUUCUUUUCUUUUCUCUUUCUACUUUACCAGCCUCCGUUUGAUUAGAAUAAAAUGUACAAUGUUUUCCUCUUUACUAUAAAGGAAGGAUCUAGUCCGUGUGGAGGCAACCGUCAUUGAGAAGACAGAGUCUUGGCCAAAAAUACGUAUGAUAAUCCGUCGAAAGUCUAAUUACAAGAAAAAAACAAGUAAGAUGAAAAAUAUACAUAAGCCCUUCUCUAUCAAGCUGCAGAAUGCUGUGAUGGCACCUAAGCUGGUGUUAUGUCUAGAAUAAAAGAAUGCAGUGUCCUAUGUGUACAUAGAAUAGCUAGGGUGGUGUUCCAUCAGUUAGAAUCCCUUUCUUUUUGCUGGUCAGUUAUUCCUGGUUUAGCUUUCACUCUCCAAAUCUUGCCUAUGAAGCCAAAGAUGUUAACAAGCUGAAACAACAUCUUUAGGCUAAUCUUAAUCAGCAUGCUUAGUAAGGAACAAAUGACAGCUUAUUCCUCAGUGCCUCUGGCAGAAACCUUUAAGGUGUAUGCGAUGAGUGGAAACUGAAACCUGAAUAGAUUUGAAAGUUCUUCUCUUUGUUUGGGAUUAUUUGACUCUUUUUGUUAACAUACUUAGGUAACUGAACUCCAAGGCUGUUCUCUGAUCUGUGUUUUUCCAUUCUCUUUCAGUUUUAAUUCAGCCACAAACUGUUCUCCGGAUAAACAGCAUUGAAAUUGCUCCUGUUCUGUCAUGACGAAUUGUUGGGCUUGCAGUUUCAGGGCGAUAUGAAAACUGAAAAAUAUUUCAGUUGCAUUUUUUUUGUUGUCAAUAAAGAAAACUAUUAUGAAAAAA